GGGAGCCCGUUCUCCCCGCGGUCCAAACCAACUGCAUAGUCGGUGGAGAAAAUUAUGAAAAUAAUAAUGAUACAAUAAAGUGAAAGUGCGGGCGAACGAGUAACCGCGUUCUCGCCUCGCCACCACGGAGACACAGGCACACAGCCCGGCCCUGAGAGCCCCACGCCCCCGGCUUGCAGCCCAGCCCCUGGCGGCCGUUCCUUCCCGGCGGCCCCGGUCAGGUGUCCCCGCCCCCCCGCACCGGCGCCGCCUCCCCCGCCCCCCUCCGGGCUGGACCGCGGAUGGUACGUUCCGCACGUGAGCUGGGUGCUGGUCUGGCCGGGGACGCGCGUGCCCUGUGGUCAAACACUGGCCGGAGCUAGAGUCGACUCCCGGCGCGGGGGUGCGCGCGGGGGGGGGGUGCGCGCGGGUGUGCCGGGGAGCGAGCGCGCUGGGAGGGGGCGCCAACUGCUUCACACUUUCAACACUGCGCCGAAGAGGCAGAGACAGAGAAGCUGGAGGAGCACGGAUCCCCCCAGAGCUCCCCAGGCGCUGGUCCUACGGAUCCCAACCCAGGACCCCCACCCCACCCCCAUUCGACACGGAGGAGACGGACAGCGCUAGAACAUGGACGAAGGAAUGCCUCGUUUGCAAGAGAGACAGUUACUGGAACAUAGGGAUUUUAUAGGCCUGGACUAUUCCUCUUUGUAUCUGUGUAAACCCAAAAGGAGCAUGAAGCGAGACGACAGCAAGGAUACCUACAAACUCCCGCACAGAUUAAUAGAAAAGAAGAGGAGAGACCGUAUUAAUGAGUGCAUCGCUCAGCUGAAAGAUUUACUGCCCGAGCACCUAAAGUUGACAACUCUGGGGCACCUGGAGAAAGCCGUCGUCUUGGAAUUAACUUUGAAACACUUGAAAGCUUUAACAGCCUUAACCGAGCAGCAGCACCAGAAGAUAAUUGCUUUACAGAGUGGGGAGCGAGCUCUGAAGUCGCCCAUUCAGGCCGACUUGGACGCCUUCCACUCGGGCUUUCAAACCUGCGCCAAAGAAGUCUUGCAAUACCUCUCCCGCUUCGAGAGUUGGACGCCCAGGGAGCCGCGCUGCGCACAGCUGCUCGGCCACUUGCACGCCGUGGCCACCCAGUUCCUGCCCUCCCCGCCGCUGCUGACGCCACAGGUUCCCCCGGGCCGGGCCUCCGGGGCGCCCCCGGCCGCCGCCCCAGCCGCUCCCGGGCCCGAGCGCGCGGUCCCCAAGCCGGAGCCGCCGGCGCACUGCGUGCCGGUCAUCCAGCGGACUCAGCCCAGCGCCGAGCUCGCGGCGGCAGAGCACGACACGGACACAGACAGCGGUUACGGCGGCGAGGCCGAGUCGCGGCCCGAGCGCCCGAGCAUCAAGCAGGAGCCGCCCGGGCCCGAUGAUUCGCCGGCGCCCAAGCGCAGGCGGCUGGAGCCCCGCGGCGGUGCGGGAGGUGCGCGGCUGGGCCCCGACCCGCUGGCGGCCGCCGCGUUGCUGAGACCCGACGCCGCGCUGCUUGGCUCUCUGGUGGCGCUGGGCGCGGGCGGGGGCACCCCCUUUGCACCGCCCGCCGCCCCCUUCUGCCUGCCCUUCUACUUCCUGUCGCCCUCGGCAGCCGCCGCCGCCUACGUGCAGCCCUUCCUGGAUAAGGGCGGCCUGGACAAGUACCUGUACCCCGCGGCCGCUGCGCCCUUCCCGCUGCUAUACCCCGGCCUCCCGGGCCCGGCCGCGGCUGCCGCUGCCGCUGCCGCUGCCGCCGCCGCCGCCUUUCCCUGCCUGUCCUCGGUGCUGUCGCCGCCCCCCGACAAGCCGGCCGCCGCCGCCGCGCUCCCGCUGCACGAGGGGGCGCCCACAGGGGCCCCGCGUGCCCGCAGCCGCGCACCCUUCGCCGACAGCGCCGCCGAGGACGAGCCCCCGCCGGCCAGGGAGACCCCCUGAGCCCCGCGGCCCCAGCAAGCCACAGAAACACCGGGGGGGGGGCCGCGCCCCCCCUAGAGCCUGGCCUGCCCCCUCUUGCACACAGCACACCCCCUCCCCCAGCUGUAAAGCACUCUGCGGUCAGUACUGAGGCUUUUCUUUUUCCUUUCAAAGACGUCCCCCAGUACAUCUCCCCUUCCUUUAUGUCCUGUUCCAAGGCCCUUUAAAGCAAAGGAGCUCAUCUGCAGGAGGUAGGGAGUGGGGACCCUUACUCCCCACCCCCAGGUAGGGCAGACCCUCUCCAGUCUCAGAGUGGCGCUCCUGGCACCUUGGACAGCAUGGGGAUCUUUUUCCCAGUUGAAGUCAGUGUUGUUGUUUUUUCUCUAACGUCCAGCUUUUUCAAAGGCAUCUUGUUUUUCAAAGAGGGAGGGCUUUAGGCUGCAGAAGGGGUCUGAAGGGUGUGUCCCUUGGUCAUUUGUCUAAAUUAGAGUCAGGGGAGGAGAUGGGUGGGGUGAGGGAGGGCAGGCUUGCUCUCAGAGCAUUUGCUAGCACUUUAUGGAGAAACUGACCAGAAACCAACCGACUUACUCCUGUCCCACGUACAUUGAUAUAUAUAUAUAUAUAUAUAUAUAUAUAUAUAUAUAUAUAUAUAUAUACACACACAUAUAUAUUAUAUAUACACAUAAUCCAUUCCUACCCUUUCAUCAUUUGAUCCAUCACCCAGUUUUACUGUUGGGAGAAACAAAAGAAUGUGCACUGAACUUAAAAAACAAAAAGUCUAAACCGUUAUUUUUCCCUUCUGUAUUCUAUCAAAUAACACAAGUGGGGGGGGCAUUGUGCUGGUCCGUUUUGAUUGGACAUGCUAUAAGGACAUGAAUGGAAGCCCUCCAGAGGCCUUCCUAUCUCCAGGUUGGUGUAUUUUCUGGAGACCAAACCACCAGAUACUAGAUAAUCACAAAGAAUGCUUCUUUCUUUCCCUUUCUUUCUUUCUUUCUUUUUUUAAUAAGGCUUAAACCGAGACCUUGUCUAGAUAUUUUUAGUUUGUUGCCAAGGUAGCACUGUGAGAAAUCUCACUUGAAUGUUAUGUAAGGGGUGAGACACAACAGUCUGACUGGGGCUGGAGAGAAUAUCUGGGUCUUCUAGUCAGUUUGGUGCAUUUUGCUGCUGCUGCUGCUACUGUUUGCCUCAAACGCUGUGUUUAAACAACGUUAAACUCUUAGCCUACAAGGUGGCUCUUAUGUACAUAGUUGUUAAUACAUCUAAUUAAUGAUGUCUGACAUGCUAUUUUUGUAGGGAGAAAAAUAUGUGCUAAUGAUAUUUUGAGUUAAAAUAUCUUUGGGGAGGAUUUGCUGAAAAGUUGCACUUUUGUUACAAUGCUUAUGCUUGACACAAGCUUAUGCUGUCUUAAAUUAUUUAAAAAAUAAUAAAUACUGUCUGCAAGAAACCAGCUGGUUUAGAAAAGUUUUAGUACGUGAAGGUAGAGAUUGUCUUUAUAUAAUAUAGUAUUUUUCGGCACUCCGUAAAUUCAAUUACCUAAAUAUUGCCACACUAUUUUGUGAUUUUAAAAUUCAUACUAAGGAAUAAAAUCUUUAAUAUACUA